ACCGAUUACUUUACUUGGCAUUUAAAUUUUGUGUAAUUGUAUAUUUUUUUAAUGCAAAAAGAAAUGGAUAACACUACGUCUACCACACUGCAAAACAGCACGAUAUGCGUUUUAAGUCCGGAUACAACAGACACAACUAUAGAGGACUUGUUCCAAUUGGGGGCCAUGCGACGCUACAGUGAGGACCUUAAGAACACCCAACGUCAAGUGGAAGAGCACGCGCGCCUUUGGGCGGACACAAAAUUGGAAUAUCUGGAUACUUAUAAGCAGUUGUGUGAUAUCAUGAAACAGGUGGCCUUGCGGGAAAUAUUGGACACCAUGUUCAGCCCGAUGGAUAUAAAUAAUACAGAAGAGAUUGUUGCAAAUACGACUCCCAUGCGAUCUUUCCUUACCAGCGACAAGCGACCUAUGCAAGUGGCUGAUUUGGUUCUACAAGUGACUCAAGAUGAACUAAAGUUUAGACACAAUCCACGCCAUAAGUUGGACAAGCAACAGCGAGUUUUUGCAGAAAAUCACGAGGCCCGUAAAUCAAUUGCCGAAAUGAUGGAAAAUAUGAAGAAAUUGAUAGAGACAUUAAUCCAGCAGGUCAUGGAUCAAUCGGUUGUUGAACUGUCUCAAAUGACUGCACCAAGGAGAGAAAACAAUUAACUCUUCACUUCCGUAUCAUAUAAUACAUAUACAUACAUGUUUAUUUAUAAAUUAUCAU